UCUGCAGUCGGGACUUCAGAGUGCGGUGGGUGUCUGAGCUGUUGUCAGGAUCUGGUCAACUUUUUACACUUUUUGUGAUUUUUGUUCGCAGUUUGACAGAUUUUCAGAAUGGACGUUGCCACAGCAACAGCGGAAAAUGCUGGAGAGAUGGUGAAGGACGAGUUGGCUGAAAAAUGUCAGAAGUUAUUCCAGGCUUUCUUGGAGGAGUUUCAGACCGGGGAUGGGGAGGUGAAGUAUGUCCGGGAGGCCGAGGAGCUGAUCCGGCCUGAGAGAAACACUCUGGUGGUGAACUUCACAGACCUGGAGGGUUUUAAUCAGGAGCUGGCCACAACCAUCCAAGAGGAGUACUACAGAGUUUACCCCUUCCUGUGUCGGGCUGUGCGUAACUUUGCCCGAGAUCAUGGAAACGUUCCUCUUAACAAAGAGUUUUACAUCGCCCUUGAGGAUCUGCCAACCAGACACAAGAUCAGAGAGCUGUCCUCAAUGCGUAUCGGGACCCUGGUGAGGAUCAGUGGUCAGGUGGUGAGGACGCAUCCAGUACAUCCUGAACUGGUGAGCGGUACAUUCUUGUGCAUGGACUGUCAGGCGGUGAUCAAAGACGUCCCUCAGCAGUUCAAAUACUCUCCACCGACUAUCUGCAGAAACCCCGUCUGCAACAACCGCUCCCGCUUCCACCUCGACACACACAAGUCCAAAUUCAUCGACUUCCAGAAGGUGCGUAUUCAGGAGACACAGGCAGAGCUGCCUCGUGGGUCGAUUCCCCGCUCCUUGGAGAUCAUCUUGAGGGCCGAGGCUGUGGAGACGGCUCAGGCUGGAGACCGCUGUGAUUUUACCGGGACUCUCAUCGUCGUGCCGGAUGUCUCUCAGCUCAGCACUCCAGGUGUGCGAGCAGAGUCCAGCACCCGUGUCCCUGGUGGACGUCAGGGUUUUGAAGCUGAGGGUUUGAGAGGCCUGAAGGCUCUGGGAGUCAGAGAGCUCUCCUACAGACUGGCCUUCUUGGCCUGCAAUGUUGCCCCGACUAACCCACGAUUUGGUGGUAAGGAGCUGCGUGAGGAGGAGCAGACAGCAGAGAGCAUCAAGAGUCAGAUGACAGAGAAGGAGUGGGAGAAAGUGUUUGAGAUGAGCCAGGACAAAAACUUGUAUCACAACCUGUGCACCAGCCUCUUCCCCACCAUCCACGGCAAUGAUGAGGUGAAGCGUGGCAUCCUGCUGAUGCUGUUUGGAGGUGUUCCUAAGACGACGAUGGAGGGAACAUCUCUGAGAGGAGACAUCAAUGUGUGCAUAGUUGGAGACCCCAGCACAGCCAAGAGCCAGUUCCUGAAGCAUGUGGAGGAGUUCAGCCCUCGAGCCGUGUACACAAGCGGUAAAGCCAGCAGUGCUGCAGGUCUGACGGCCGCUGUAGUCCGAGACGAGGAGUCCCAUGAGUUCGUCAUCGAGGCCGGAGCUUUGAUGCUGGCUGACAACGGUGUGUGCUGCAUCGAUGAGUUUGAUAAAAUGGAUCUGAAAGACCAGGUGGCGAUUCAUGAAGCCAUGGAGCAGCAGACCAUCAGCAUCACCAAAGCUGGAGUCAAGGCUACUCUGAAUGCUCGCACCUCCAUCCUGGCUGCUGCUAACCCUGUGGGCGGGCGCUAUGACCGCAGCAAGAGCCUGAAGCAGAACGUCCAGCUGACGGCACCCAUCAUGAGCCGUUUUGACCUCUUCUUCAUCCUGGUGGACGACUGCAACGAGGUGACAGACUACGCCAUUGCUAGACGCAUCGUGGAUCUGCACUCCCGUGUGGAGGAGUCUGUGGACAGGCUGUACUCUCUGGAUGAGAUUCGCAGAUAUCUGCUCUUUGCCAGACAGUUCAAACCUAAGAUCUCCAGUGAAUCAGAGGAGUUCAUAGUGGAGCAGUACAAGCGUCUGCGGCAGCGUGAUGGAGCAGGAGGCAUGUCCAAGUCUGCAUGGAGAAUCACAGUGAGGCAGCUGGAGAGCAUGAUCCGCCUUUCAGAGGGCAUGGCCCGCAUGCACUGCUGUGAUGAGGUGCAGCCCAAACAUGUAAAGGAAGCUUUCCGCCUUCUGAACAAAUCCAUUAUUAGAGUGGAGACGCCUGAUAUUAACCUGGAGCAGGAGGAGGAAAUGGAGGAAGAGGAGGAGGAGCAGCAGCAGGAUGGAAACAUCCCUAACGGAGUAAAUGGUGUGAAUGGUCAUGUUAACGGGGUUAACGGGAUCAACGGGCAUGCAAAUGGAAUAAAUGGCCAUGUUAAUGGUAUAAACGGACAUGCUGAGCCUGGCAGCCAACCCAAAGCAUCCCUCCGUCUGUCCUUCAGUGAGUACAGACGCAUCUCCAACCUGCUAGUGCUGCAUCUACGCAAGAUGGAGGAGGUUGAAGAAGAAGAGGAGCUGAAGAAAAGUGCAGUGGUGAACUGGUAUCUAAAGGAGAUCGAGUCAGAGAUCGACUCUGAGGAAGAGCUCGUCAAUAAGAAGGGUCUGAUCGAGAAGGUCAUCCACAGGCUGGUGCACUAUGAUCACAUCCUUAUCGAGCUGUCCCAGGCUGGUCUGAAAGGCUCGGAGUCUGCAAGCACAGAGGAAGAAGUUGUACUGGUCGUCAAUCCCAACUACACCUUAGAGGAUUAAAUUCUCGAUUCAGCCCUCUGCUUUGAAGCCCUCCCUUUCUAUAAAACAUGUUAAACUUAAAAGACGAUGUUAAAAGUGUGUUUGAUCCCUCAUAUGCAACACAUAACCAACAGUAGCAUAUGAAAUGUUACAAGACUUGUUUUGAGUUUACCAGCUCUUUUGUACAGACUAUUCUGAGGCUCUUGAAGAAAAAAAUGUUUCUCAUUCAAAGCGACUUAUGUAAAUAGACUGCUCUUUUUCCUCUAGUUUGCUGUUUGGCAUCUAGUCAAGGAAACUGCCAUGUAAUGUGUCAGUGCUAAGUUUUUGUGACUGUUUUGCAGGUAUAAAUGAAAUUCUACCUUUCUGUGGUUUCAAGUUAAGCUUUUUUGUAAAAUACUGGCAAGAAGUGAAGAGUAAUGUUGUAUAAAUAAAUAAAAUGUUAAAAUUGUA